UGUCUAUAUAAAUACCUGACAUCCUGUCCCACCAUAUCUUCUUUUCCACCAUGGAUGCUCUCAUUCCUCCAUGGCCCUCCUUCUCUUCCUCUCUUCACCUACAAGAACCCCACAAAACCCUAACCCUAACCCUAAAUCCCUCACCAGAUCCAAACCAUCCGAUCUCUGCUUCGACUCGUCGAAGCGAGAUUUCACUCUGAAAACAGCGGCAAUCUCUCUCCUCUCUCUAACCCUUUCCCUAAGGUUCUCUCCUGAUGCUGCUGCUUCUGCAGAAACUGUGUCUCGGAAGCCGUUUCUCUCCGGAAUUUCAAACACAAAGUCUUGGUUUCAGGUCUUCGGUGAUGGAUUCUCCAUCCGCAUCCCGCCACAGUUUGACGAUGUCACGGAGCCUGAGGAUUACAAUGCUGGAUUUUCUUUUUAUGGUGACAAGGCAAAGACCAAGGUCUAUGCUGCACGUUUUGCAUCUCUCGAUAGAUCUGAAGUUGUGAGUGUGGUGAUCCGCCCAUCUAAUCAGCUCAAGAUCACAUUCCUUGAGGCCAAAGACGUUACAGAUUUAGGUACAUUGAAAGAGGCAGCCCCAAUCUUUGUUCCUGGUGUCACUUGUAUCACCAAUGCUUUCGACUGUAUAAAUUUGAGGUGUCGUUUAUAUCAAUAUAUGGAUAUCACCAAAGGUGGGGCAAGCUUAUACUCUGCCCGUACAAUAAAAAUCAAGGAAGAUGAAGGGUUCAGGUCUUAUUAUUUCUAUGAGUUUGGUGUCGCUGAUCAGCAUGUUGCAUUAGUUGCUGCUGUUAGCAGUGGGAAGGCAUUCAUUGCUGGAGCAGCUGCUCCAGAGUCCAAAUGGGAAGAUGAUGGCAUCAAGCUUCGAUCUGCUGCAAUAUCGCUCUCAGUCCUGUAAUCAUACCAGCACUCCAAUCAUGGGUUUGGAAAUGGUGUUCCUGACAAGCCAAGGAGGGAGAGGUUAUGUGAUGUGGUAUCAUCUUAAGAGGCUGGCUUGUACAAAUGGAGCUUGUUGUGGGUGGCAGGCGAGUGUGAUUUGAAGUGAUGGGCUAUAGCAUUGUGGAGAUUGACAAUGGGCUUAAAGAACUCAAGGGAUAAAUGCGGAGUGUUCUAAAUAUGCUUGUCAACACACAACAUCAAGAAAGGGUGGCCUUCUAAGGUGAUGAUGAUGGAACUCACUAGGCAAGGUGCAAGUUGAGAUGUGAGGUGAUUAGGUCUUGUGGAAAAGGGCUAUGACUAACAGGAACAUGGCCACAAGCAAGGCAAUGACAGUGCAGAUAAUAGAUACGACCUUUUAAUGGAUCGCGAGACGCUAGGGAGCUGGAUAACUUCUUGUAGCAAUUUGAGCAAUACUUUUUCGGGCGUGUUUGAUUUUCUAGUUCAUUGGUAAAUGCUUGGUAAAUUGAUAAUGAUUAUUUCCCUACACAUUUCCCUG